AUGAAAAAAAGCAAUAGUACAGAAUUGACACAUCAUUUUAUUGAAACCAGAAAUAUGUUGGCACAAGCAGAAGAAUAAAUCAAUUCUGUUGCCACUCCCAUCAUCAACACUAGUUAAUAAUUUCAAAAAACAAGUUAAAUCUAUUCCGGAUAAAAAUCAACAUUGCAAAAAAGUGACUUCUUUUUGAGUAGAUUAACUAAAUAGCAUAACUAUAGCAUUGCAAUAGUAUAUGGAUCGUUCUUCUUUUUUCUUAUGGUGGUUGGAUUUAUAGUUCUGAGAAGAUUGUUCUAUAGAAAUUUCUAUUCUGACAUUUCGUAACUCAUCAGAUAAAAUAUACAAUAUAUUUUCUAAAAUAUAAGUUAUAUUUUCUCCUAUGGUUAAAAGGUUUAAUAAGAUUUAUGA